AUGGAAGACCACAGAGUCCAUCCUUUCGUAGAGAGUCCAGGGGUUAAAGUUCCUCGUAAUUCUUGCUUGUUGGAAGAAUUUGAAGAAGGACAAAAAGGAGUAGACGAUGGUAUGGUUAGUCUUGAAGAUGAUGAAGAUACGACACUUACAAGGUGGACGGGCAUAAUUAUUGGGCCACAAAUGGUGGAUGCACGGAGCAUACCAGUGUUAGCAAAUUGGCAAAAUUCAUAUAGCAUUAAAGCUGUACUUCGAGAGCUAGGAUGUCUAAUGCUAUCCAAAGAAAAUGUGAAGCUUCCACAACCACCAGAAAGACAAACAUACAACAAUUAA